AUGGCACCCCCAAAAGCCUUCACCACCGCCACCGACCACGAGCAAUACCUAGCCUCCGUCUCCCACCGUCGUAACCUCCACGCCUCUACCAACGGUACCAACGGUACCAACGGUACCAACGGUAACCCUCCCUCCUCAUCCAACUCCAACGACCCCUUCACCCCCUCUACCAACGGCACCGGCACAGGCACCGGCAUCCUAGUAACCACCACCACCACCACAACUACCCACAAUGCUAACUCUCCUUUAACGCCAGUGAUGAGUGGUGCCGUUAUUACGGAUCCUAGUCCCAGUCCGUUGAGUUUGGGACCACCAGGUCUGUCCAUGUCGCAAGGGAGAGGGGGAGGGGGAGGUGGAGGGAUGGUUAAUGGGGUGAACGGGAUAAAUGGUAAUGUGAGAGGUGGUAGAGCAAGAGGAGGAGGAUACGUAGGAUACGUAGGAUAUGUACCAGCUUCUGAAGGAGGAAGAGGCGGCUACCCAGUUUACCACCAGAGCGGGAUCGGCCCCCCCGCGCCCCCACUAACUUAUCACCACCCAAAUGGUGCUGCUCGUGGUAGAGGACGAGGCGCUGCUGCAUACAACGCAUACCCAAACACUGGCUCGCCCAAUGGUUCCCCCAACGGCCUCAACGGCCUCAACGGCGGCGGCGGUGGAAGAGGAGGAACAGGAGCACCACCAUCCUACUCGAUAUACACACAGCGAGCCAUGGCUGCUGCCGCUGCCGCAGGUCGCGGUAGAGGUAGAGGGGGACCAGGAUCAGGACCAAGUUACAACGUAGCGCCCCCCGUCUCGUUCCAGUUCCAGUUCCAGUUCGAGUUCGGGUAG